UUGGCGUGACCUAAUGCCCCCCCGCGGUUCUCCAUUAUCCAUCUUACAACGAAGAAACAAGCCCGACCUCAUCCGGCAUUUCCGCACUGCUUUAUCCUCACCACACUCAAGGCGCAGCUUGUCGCCCUUGAGGAACAAUUAUACCCACCCCCCAAGUUUCUACGUAGCUGCGCUGUCCGAUAAUGCCAACUGUCCCCCAAUCGCUCUCACUCCCACAACAUGCUGCCAUCCUUUCAAGUCUGUCAAGACACGUUCUACGAGUUCUUUUCUGCUUACAACUGCUAGCAAUGUUCGCAACCUCUCUGCCGUCUCCAGGAUUAUUCAAUCCGAGGCUUCCAGUGGCGAAUGGAAUUUUUGCGGAGGGAAAGAUUAUUGUCUUGCGAAAUAACGUCUCAUGUCAAGAUCGAUUGGCGGCAUUUGGGCCACAGCUACCAGAUCCGGGUUUGUUGGGAUUUUUGGUGUCCGUUUCCAAGCUUGACACGCACGGAAAGAACACUGGAUGCACCCCAGUUUCAGCGACUGGGCUCUCAAACUGGAUAGCUCUCGUGCAGCGAGGGCAGUGUGGAUUUGUGGAUAAAGUUCGCGCCAUGCAAGCGAGCGGCGCCAAGUCCGUUAUUGUUGGAGAUCACACACCUCACUCCGGCCUAAUCACCAUGUUCGCUACCGGUAACACAUCAGAUAUAACAGUUCCCUCGGUCUUUGUCUCAUUGCUUGAUUACGAGCAAUUGCAACGCGAAGCAAACGCCCAAUACGGGUAUGGGCCGGGCGUUGAAGUUUUGUUGAUACCAAAUGAUCUUGAUGUUCCUUUGCUGGAGAUCAUUAUCGUCACGGUCGUGUCGCCUGCGGCUGUAAUGAUCUGUAUGUACAUUAUGUGGAGUUAUCGACAAUAUCUGCGACGGCAACAGGAAUUGGCACCAAUGCGAUUGGUUCUGAAUCUGCCGACACGGGUGUUCAGCAUGGAAGGGGGGAAAGAAAAUGAGCCAAUACGAUGUGCGAUAUGCCUGGAAGACUUUCAGGAAGGGGAACAAAUACGAAUACUUAUGUGUAAGCACGAAUUUCACGUCGACUGUGUUGAUAAGUGGCUUACGCAGCGGAAACGAACCUGCCCUAUUUGUAAGCAAGAUACAUGUCCAACGGAAGCGACAGAGUCAACACCCCUCCUUGGCGAUAGUGUCGCUGGCUCAAGUGAUAACGUGUGACAUGUAUCAACUAGCUAUAUAUACCAGUCCAAUAGGUAUGAAAAGCCUCAGUCCUCCAUCUUUUGGACAUUCAAAGUCGACGAACCGGAGAAGGACUCGGUGACCCCACCGUUUUUUUGUCGUAAUUUUCGCUGGAGCAUUUGUUGUAUAUUCACCUCUCCUUUUGCAUUACUUGAGUAGCCUCUUUGUAUAUAAUUCUGCUAUCCCCUCCCUUUUUCUAUAUCGUGUAUGCUCCUAUCUUAUUAGAAGUUAAUUGAAAAUGGCACUAAGACCCAUUAUUUUCCGGAUAAUCCGGUUAAUCAUAUCGCAUAAUCAGAACCCCCCA